GUAGAUGCUGGUGUGUUUGCGAUACUUGGCAAAAGGAGACUUUCAGUCAGAGUGCGGGGACAUACACGGGAUUUCCCAGCCCACGGUAUCCAGAAUUAUACACAGAGUUGUUUCAGCCCUUGACCUGCGAUUGCAAAAUAUUCAAUUUCCAACAUCAGAACAUGAAAUCGUAAAAACCAAAACACAGUUUUACAGACUUGCAAGCUUUCCUGGGGUGAUAGGCGCUAUCGAUGGGACAUUGAUUCCUAUCCUGGCUCCAAAGGAAGACGAAUAUGUGUACAUAUGUCGUAAAGGAUAUCACGCCUUAAACGUUCAAGGCGUGGUUGACUCAGCUUUAAGAUUCACGAACAUGGUGUGUAAGUGGCCAGGAUCCGUUCAUGAUAGUUUCAUCUUUAACAAUAGCAGGCUGCGUGAGGUUUUGGAGGGGCUAGGCAACUGCUGGUUGGUUGGUGAUUCCGGAUACCCCUUAAAGUCGUACUUAAUGACCCCAAAGCUGCAUCCACAAACAGAGGCAGAGGAGCGCUAUAAUAAGGCCCACGGACAGACAAGGGUCGUUGUAGAAAGGGCCUUUGGCGUCCUCAAAUCGCGUUUCAGGUGCUUGCACAAAACUGGAGGGUGUUUGCCAUUCAGUCCUGAAAAGUGUAUUAAGGUGGUAAGUGUUGCAAUGAAAUUGCACAACAUGUGCAUCGAGAGGAAAGUUCCUUUGGUUACUCCUGGGGGUGAUAUAGUUGACAUAAAUUCUGAGGAGGACACUGUCUGCCUGGGACAAGAUCGUGAUGGUACACUGCAACGUGAAAGACUUGUUCAUCUUUUUGUUUAGUGGUAGCUCAAUAGUAGGUUAUCCUCAUAUAUACACAGGUAUCAUUAUACCUUUAAAAAUUCUACGGAUUCAAUUAUUAUGUAACUGUCUGGUUGAAAAGACAUAUGCUGGCUUAGUGCAUCCUUACCACCACGAAACAAAAAAUGAAUAAGUUUCUUAUGUGGCAGAGUUCUGGAAAAAUGACAAGAUAAACUCUUACUCUUAAUUUUGAAUUAAUUUAUCUGUGUACAA